UUUGACGUUUGUUUGUACUUGUCAUAGUGUUGUAAAUGGUUUAUUUGCGACACGUUUGUUGUAUGGUCGUAAAGAUACGCGAGAUAGUCUCAGACGUACCUUUGAUAUAAGGUAUCGUUGCUGCUGUUGUUGUUGUCUUGUUCGUUUCGUUGGGUUCAUUGUGUUUGUAAGUGUUGAGUUUGAUGAAGUCAAAGAAACUAUACUCCCCUACUCACCCUAUGCCACACUGCACUAACCCACUCACCCUAUGUGUCUCUCUGUAGUCCCCCACUCACUCGAUGUCACACUGUAGUCCCCCACUCACUAUAUGUCAUAUUUUAGUCUCCCACUCACCCUAUGUGUCACACUGUAGUCCCCUAAUCACCCUAUGUCAUACUGUAGUCCCCCACUCAUCAUAUGUGUCACUCUGUAGUCCCCCACUCACUCUUUUUGUCACACUGUAGUCUCCAACUCACCCUAUGCCACAAGCUGCAGAAUUUGAGUAUUUUGUGAACUUUGCAAAUGCAUGAUUGAAGAUGCAUAAACGACAGUCUACGAGGCAGAAUAAAUUGCUUUUUAAAAUAUAGAAAAUUUCCCUAACAUUGCAAAGGUCAUUCGACAAACUGAAGAUUGUCAACGUUAUCAAUAAAACAGACGCAAUAGAUUUAUACACAAGCUCUACGAGUACAAAUCAUCAAAACGCCAUGGAAAACUUAGUGUUCUCUAUAUUUCAUUUUUUUACGAACAACGCCCAAGAUGCUGCAGCAGACAGGCUAGAAAACGGUGAUGUUGGUAAUGAAGGAUUUCGGGAACUUAUCAAGCGAGAUUUACACGAAAUCGAAACAAUGCUUGCGAAUCUUUCGAAAAAAGACCUUUCCUCCAGUUUGAACUACUUGGUGGAAGGAUUUCUUCUACUUUUUAAUUGCAUUGACGAAGUAGAAAGUAAUAGAAGACGUGAAGAAACAAGUAAUAAUGAUGAGUCUCAGGCAACUUGUACUGCCAUCACCACCAGGUAUGAUCUUUCCCGUGCAAUACAACAAUCAAAGGAUUUUGAAUUGGCAAAGAAUCGAUUUAGAAAAUCUCGUGAAGAAGCAACAAGAGCUUUCAACAACAAAAAUUUAAGUUUGGAGGACAGAAUAUUAGCCGUUAUAGUUAAGAUCAUGGCACAAAUUUUUGAAUGUCCGAAUAAUCGAAAGAAUCUCAUUGAUUUAUGUUUAUCUUAUAUAAAAAGGCUACAUGAAUUGGACGGUGUUCGUAAAAUGUUCUCUGUUUCUAUUGGUGGUGGCAUGAGAGCGAUGUUCAAAAAAUCCCAAAGAAUGGAAAACAUCAAGUCUGUCAUUCUUCUCAACCAUCAUUUAUAUCAGUUCAUUGCGAUGAUCAACAACAAUCAUGAUCAUUUAUCAACUUGGCCAAGUAUUGAACUUGGAGAUGGAAAAAUUUUUAAUCCAAUACAGGACUGGCGCAAGGAAUUCGCUGUCGAGACUUGGUAUAAAAAUUUGAUUGAAUCUUCCAAAGAAAUGGAAAAAAUGAAAACCAUGAUGUUUGAACUUUUGGGCAAGAUGACUACAAAUGAACAUUUUGCUCCAAUAUUGACAUCACCAGUUGAGUUAGUUAUAAAUUUAUUAAGAAGUGAUAUUUUGGUUGCUGAAUGUUACAGUGCUGAAAUUUUUUCAUGGAAGGAGAAGAAAUGGUUUGAGAUUGCAUCAAUGAAAAAUAUGCACAUCUUUGCUUCAUCAUUUAUUUAUAGCGAUAAUUUAUUUAUUGUUGGAGGAUUUGACUGCAAGUCAAUGGACACAUUGAAUAUAAAACAGUCACCUUUGACAUGGAGAAAAUUCCCCACAAAGCUUCCUUAUGAAUGUUGGUAUCAUCAAACUGUUGUUUGUAAACAACAAAUCUUUCUCAUUGGAGGAUACAUUGCUCGUGAAAGAACAUCAGAUAUGAUCAGUGAAAUAAAGAUUACAGGUACGACAUCUCAUGUUUUGAAAGAGUUGUGUCAUAUGCCUGAACCACGGUGUGACCAUGGAGCUGUUGUUGUUGGUGACAAAGUUCUUAUUUUUGGAGGAAGGGGAGAAGAUAACAAAGCUUUAUCCAGUGUUUUGGAGUUUGAUCCAAGGACUCUUAAAUUUAAGGAAAUGCCUCCAUUACCUCAUCCAUUGACUAAAAUGGCAACAGUUCAAUGGAGAGAUCAAGUUGUUCUUCUUGGAGGUUGUGAUGAUGGAAAAGAAGCCUCGAACAGUGUUAUCAUGUAUGACAUCAAAACAGGUAAAAUUACAGUCUUACCAUCCAUGUUAGAAAAGAGACGGGGGUGUUGUGCAGUUAUAACAGAUGAUACAAUUGUUGUCAUGGGAGGUGGGAAUGAAAAAGAUGAAAAUCUUAAAUCAGUGGAGUGUUUUAAAAUGGGAAGUAAUUCUUCAUGGACAUAUCUCCCUUCAAUGAAUAAAUCACGAUUGGAAGUCUUUGCUGAAGUUUUACCUUUUGGACAAAAGUAUGUCUAAGACAUGAAAUUUCAUUAAGUUAUGUAACGUUAUAACUCAUCAAUGUUCGUUUGGACUACAUUGGAGGACAAAUUUGUAAAAUUUAAAAUGUAUAGUUCAAAAGUUCAUAUAAUCAUUAACUAUUUUGAUGAAUUUCUAAAAUAGAUGAAUGGCUUUUGUAUCUAAAUAUGUUCGAGUUUUUAGAGGAUAGUUUAUACCUUUUUUCUUGUCCUUAUUUCAUUGCAGUUUAUUGAACAAUAAAAUACAAGUUUUCCAUGGUAAAAA